GUCUGAGGCGGGACCCUCCUGAAAACCCCUGGACAGGCCGGCUGGUGCACCACUCUCCGCUGCAACCCUGCAGAGUGUGCACAGCUAUCCAGCCGGCUAAGACGCUUUCUAUAGGCACCACAGCUGUUCAGUAUGGCUAACAGGGGACCUGCAUAUGGCCUGAGCCGGGAGGUGCAACAGAAGAUUGAGAAACAGUAUGAUGCAGACCUAGAGCAGAUCUUGAUCCAGUGGAUCACCACUCAGUGCCGCAAGGAUGUGGGCAGGCCCCAGCCUGGGCGUGAGAACUUCCAGAACUGGCUCAAGGAUGGCACUGUGCUGUGUGAGCUCAUUAAUGCACUGUACCCUGAAGGGCAGGCCCCGGUAAAGAAGAUCCAGGCCUCCACCAUGGCCUUCAAGCAGAUGGAGCAGAUCUCUCAGUUCCUGCAGGCAGCUGAGCGCUAUGGCAUCAAUACCACUGACAUCUUCCAAACUGUGGAUCUCUGGGAAGGAAAGAACAUGGCCUGUGUGCAGCGGACACUGAUGAACCUGGGUGGUCUGGCAGUAGCCAGGGAUGAUGGGCUCUUCUCUGGAGAUCCCAACUGGUUUCCUAAGAAAUCCAAGGAGAACCCUCGGAACUUCUCAGACAACCAGCUGCAAGAGGGCAAGAAUGUGAUUGGGUUACAGAUGGGCACCAACCGUGGGGCCUCUCAGGCAGGCAUGACUGGCUACGGGAUGCCACGCCAGAUCCUCUGAUCCUGCCCCACCCUUGCCCCUGCUCUUCCAUGAAUGGUUAAUAUAUAUGUAUAUAUAUAUAUAUAUAUGUUUUAGUAGUGACAUUCCAUGAGAGCCCCAGAGAUCUUAAGCUCCACUCUGCCAGGCGGGGGGGUCCAAGCUAUUCUGUCAUCUAUGGGGAUGUCUGAUGGCAGCCUCUCCGCCUGUGCUUACUAAUACAUUCCUUCCCCACACUCAUCAAAACUGGACCAACUUUUCCCCUGGGACCAAAGUCUGGGGCCCUUAGCUCUCCUCUCCCCACAAUGCCUCUCUUUCCCUCUGGCCUCCUCCAACCCUGAGCUCUAUGCUUUCAGUCCAUUCCUUGGCUGGGAGUCAGCGAUGCUGCCUGUGGCCUGAUGUGCACUGGCUUUUCUUCCACAAUUAUGCCUCUCCCACAGCUGUGGCUGUAGGGACUUAAUUUAUAGGGAGGGGAUUAUGGCGGCUGCCACCCCAGCUACAGCUGGGCUGUGCUUAUCACAUCUGGGGCAGCCUUUCUUGGCAGAGACGUCUUGGCUUCUUAUUUUCCAUUCCCUUGCUGUGGCUAAGGGGAGGGGUUGGGGGGACAGAAGUGGGAGAGCUGCCCACCAUGGGCUUAAAGAAUAUGAACUUGCUGAUUUAAAUAAAGAAUCCCAAUCUUUUUUGAAUGGACUCUGGCUGUGUCUAGGGCUACUGUGCCCACUGUGAGGAAAGGAGGAAAUGUACCAAAAUGCAGAGAGCAGUAUAGGCAAGAGGGCAGAGAUGAAAGAUUGCAAUACUAAGCCCUCAGUUUCCUUCAUCAUCCUCUUUGUCACUUGGUUUAGGGCAGGCAGGUUGGAAUUGAGAAGGGACAGGACUUUACAAUUGUUCUUGGGACGGAGCUAUAAUGCAAAAUGUAUGGGCAGCGUUUGCAGCAAGGUGAGACCCUUGCUACCUAGUGAAUGGGGCAGACCUGCCUUGUGAUUCUGGCUGGCCUGUCUCUCCAGCCAGAACAGCUCAGCCACUGGAGGAGGGUGGAGGAUGUUGGUAAAGCUCUGAGUCCUGGUAAGUACAGAUGUUUCUAGGUAAGAGGCCCCUCAGGCAGUCUUGGGACAAGGUGGUCUGUGUUGGAGUCAGCCACACCAGCUUGGGUGCCGAGGGUGGGGUUGUAACAGUGAAGAGGAACCAAAAUCUGGCAAGUGAGCAAGGAUGAUUUGAUGGCUGACAGGAAGAAGCCUUGUUUGAUUCCAGACACUUUGAAGCUGCAUGCUGGGGAGAGCCUUACAGCAAAGCUUCUCUUUUAGAUAGUGGCCUUUGACCAAGAUACUCAACUUUGGGUCACAUCUCCAGUUGCCCCAGAGCCAAACCCAGAAAUGAACCCACAGUUUGCAACCUCCAGGUGUCACAUUUACCCCAAGACUUCCUGAGCAGUCUGGGUAUCUUCCUAGAGAACUUGCUUGAGGGUCCUUGGGCCAUCCUCCCCCAUUAGGUCCCAUCCCCAUUAGCCAGCUUAGGGAUAUGGUCUAUGUCCCUCUUCCCCUUCUGCUGCAGUAUAUCUCCUGUCUCCUUGAGGGAAGAAAGCCGUAACACUGGCUGACUGUGACAGAUUAUGCAGUGUUUUACAAUCAAAGUGCUUUCAUUCUCUUCCCACACACACUCCCUAACCUCACUGUGGAUGUCUCUUCCUAGAAACACCUACUGUGU